AUGUUACACUUUUCGGACCGUCAGCUCGAUUGGUCUGAUGAACUAAUAAUCCAGGAAGCAGCAGCAGCAGCAAAAGAAGAGGAGGAAGGUGUCUGGGAUCAGGAAGCACCAGUUGGAAGGCCAUGGAUCAUUCUAUCCCAUGGUGAUAAAGGAGAAGAAGCACACACAUAUGUGGACAUGGCCAACGGCCUGCACCAUUCAAGACCAAUGAGUGAUUUGGAAGAUAGGUUGAGAGGGAUGAAGGUUUACGGCCACGGUUGUGGGCGGAUGUUGCUCAUGGAUCUCGAGGAGGCAUGUGAUUGUGUGUUAUUGGAUACUAAAUCUCUCAUCUUUGAUGCACUACCACCCUGGAAAAAGCGUGAAAAUUUCGUCUACCGGUGCUGCUUGCUCUAUUUACCACCCCAUCCACCAAGUUCCAAAUUCACGGUCAUGGUGUUUGGUGUGGAUCGAACUUUAAGCAGCAGGGGAGAUAGCAAUGUUGUGGCUGUGGCUGUCUUCUGUGGGGUUGGCGACAAAGAGUGGACGGUAUUCCUAGGAGGAGUUUGUGUCGAUGGAGUUGCUGCAUGCCAAGGUAAGAUCUAUGCCGUAGGGUCACUACCAAGAGGGACAUUCCAAUUCUUCGAGAUUAUGCUACAACCCAGCUACACGGUCAAACUAGUUCAUAAGGUUGACCUUACUAACAUAUCUCGGUUGAGAGGAUGUGCCGACAUCAGACGUUAUCUGGUCGAAUCAUGUGGCCAGCUUUUACUUUUCCACACUUCUUUUGCCGGGAAUCCAUACAUGAACGGCAAUGCAAAUGUUAUCGUGGACAUCAAGGCGCUUAGGAUUGAUGUCAAGACAAUGAAGACAAAAGUGGUUGACGAUCUUGGAGACAUGGCCUUCUUUCUUAGUUGGUCGGAUAUGAAUUUUUUCGGGUCGGGUGGGUUCGGAUUGUGCGCCAGCAAAUAUGGAUUCAAAAGAAACACCAUUUACAUGGUAAAUCCAUUCGAUAGCAACUUAUACUCGUACAAUUACCGAGAUCGAAACGUUUCAAUUACCUUGUCAUGUCCUCAAGUAGAAAGUUGUUCGAUGCAUGAGAUUGUUUUGUGUCAUUAA